ACUCUACCCACCGUAUUUAUUGAAAAUAAUUAAAUAAUAAUCACAUAAAGUCAUAAAUCAUUCUACCCAAUGGCUGUUCCUAUUUGACCAGUUUUUUCAAAGACUUGUAUGCAAUUCACACCCGACCGAAACUGAACCAGCCAACCCUCUUCAUCGCCACCGCCAUCAGAACAUGGAGGGAGAGCUCAACAACUUACUCUUGGUAUGGAUCUCCGCAGCCGCCUCCCUCUGCUACUGCCACGCCGCCUCCAAGCUCGCCCCGGCCGGCCCCACGAGGCUGCUCUGCCUCCUCCCGGUGGUCUGCCUCUUCUUGGUCCUCCCUCUUAGGCUCACCACCAUCUCCCUUGGCGGCCUAACCUCCUUCUUCCUCACAUGGCUCGCCAACUUCAAGCUCCUCCUACUCGCCUUCGGGCAGGGCCCGCUCUGCUCUGACCAGCUGCCCCCACUCCCCCGGUUCCUCGCCAUCGCCUGCCUCCCCAUCAAGCUCCAGGCUCCGCCUCCCGAAAGCCAUGACAAGGCCACUACGAAGAAGGGCUUGAAGUCGCCGCUGAACUAUGCCGGCAAGUGCGUGCUGCUGGCAUUGCUCGUGCCGGUCUAUGAGAAGGACUGGAUUCACCCCAAGGUCAUCAUGUUGAUGUACGCGGUCUACAUGUACAUUGGCCUCGAGGUCAGCCUCGCCAUCGUCGGCGCAGUGGCUUAUGCCUUCACCGGCGUCCUCCUCGAGCCGCAGUUCGACGAGCCCUACCUGUCCACCUCCCUCCAAGACUUCUGGGGCCGGCGCUGGAACCUCAUGGUAACCAGCAUCCUCCACCCCUCCGUCUACGAUCCUGUCCGAUUGAUCUCUGCCCGGAUGAUCGGGCGGAGGUGGGCUUCCCUGCCUGCAGCCUUCUCAGUCUUCCUUGUGUCGGGGCUGAUGCACGAGCUGAUUUUCUACCACAUCGGGAGGAGGGACCCCACGUGGGUGGUCACGUGCUUCUUUUUGCUCCACGGGGUGUCGGUGGCGGCCGAGAUCGGACUGAAGAAAGCCAUCAGGUGGCGGCUUCCAGCAGCGGUUUCCUGCCCCCUGACGGUGGGGUACAUCACAGCGACAGGGCUGUGGCUCUUUAUUCCGCCCUUGCUGGAGUGCGAUGCCGUUCCUAAGGCCCGGAGGGAGAGCCGGGCCGUGAUAGAGCUGUUAAAGGGGUUCUGGAGCCUUUUACGAUUCAGCUCCAUUACCAUAGCGAGCACAUUGAAAAAUUAGAGUAUCAAAAAAUUUGAUUUUAUGAAACCUUAAUUACUUGGGUUCCGACCAGAUUCAAAACAAUGUUAUAAUAUAAGUGGGGACGACAUUUGAUUAAAGAUUUAGUGGUUGCGGAAUAAAGGAGGAGGCCCUCAUAGAGAACAAGUAGAUAUGUGGUAUUUUCAUGGCAACUCGUGGCCACUUGACAUCUUUGCCCAAAACUCGUCAAUGUCAACGGCUGAUUUUCUUAUAUUUACAGUUCAGAGUACGAACAGAUUUUA